AUGUCAGAAUCAACCCCUUUCAAGACCAAUUACGACUCGGAACACGAACCAUCACGGUAUAGCUUGGAUGAACUCCAUCGUCCGAGGGCAUCACUUCCCAAGUGGGGGACCAGAGACAUCAGCCUGCUCAUAUCUAUCAUUGGAAAUGUUCUCAUUUCCUUCACAGUUGUCAUACUAUUCCUCUCAAGGAAGACCCAGCAUCUGAGUCCAGACGGCCAUGCUCAAGAUACAGUAAACCCUCUCAUUCCACCCGGUGUCGAGCAGGAGGUGCUCAUGCCUGUAACCUACGGGUGGGCAUAUCACGCGGAAACCGUGGAGCAAAUGGACGAGGUAGAUCGCAACUGGAACUUGAUAAAUGAAGACGUUGGCGCUGUCUCCAUGCUCCACGAGGACUACGCGCGAUGGGGAGUGUCUCCCUCGACAGUUCUUGAUCCCAGUGAUCCCAGCAAGGGGAUACACAUGAUGCGAGGUUAUCAUUCCCUGCACUGCUUGAAGGUUGUCAGACACACCAUGCAGCAGCUUGUUAAGAGCGAGCCACUUGACGUGAGAUUUGGGCACUCUAUGCACUGCUUGGGUUCACUUCUACAAGACGCCAUUUGCUACGCUGAUAACUCGUUCCCUCUGCGUGGCGAGAAAAAUGAUGGCGAGUUUCAGUAUCUGCGCAAAUGCCGCAACUGGGCAGCCUUGAGCAAAUGGGCCGGUGAGCGCAUGACGUGCAUGACCACGAAGAGUGACGGCAUUCUCGAUGUGAUGCAUCAGGAUUUUGAUAACUGCACAAGGGCAGAUGGAAUCUUGAUACCAAAAUUGGCAAUUGACGUAAGGAACUGA